ACCAUCAGAGCUGAGUCUGGACAGGACGUCACUCUGACAUGUCGAGCUCCAAACAGCAAGAUUUUUUUUGUAAAGUGGAGCAGAGCUGCCCUGGUUCCACAAUAUGUGCUUUGGUACCAGGAUGGUCACGUUGUUCCAGAUGACCAGCAUCCAUCUUUUAAGAACCGGGUGGAUCUGCAGGACAGACAGAUGAAGGAUGGAGACGUGUCUUUGAUUCUGAAGGAUGUGAAACCUGCUGACACUGGAACAUAUGUAUGUGAUGUUUUCAUUGAAGAAACUCGCUCAUGGAAGAACAGCAUCAUCUACCUUCAUGUUGAUCCUCCAGACCAGAAAAACAUCACAGCUGAGUCUGGACAGGACGUCAGUUUGCCAUGUCGAGCUCCAAACAACAACAUCAUAGUUUUAGAGUGGAGGAGAGAUGAACACGGAGCUAAUUAUGUCUUUUUGUACCGGGAAGGGCGUUUUGAUCCAGCCAACCAGCAUCCAUCUUUUAAGAAGCGGGUGGAUCUGCAGGACAGACAGAUGAAGGAUGGAGACGUGUCUUUGAUUCUGAACAAUGUGACGAUUAAUGACGCUGGAACAUACAAGUGUCGUGUUUUCAUGAGAGAAACACGCUUAUGGCAGCUCAGCAUCAUCUACCUGACUGUUGUUGAUCCUCCAGAGCAGAAAAACAUCACAGCUGAGUCUGGACAGGACGUCACUCUGACAUGUCGAGCACCAAACAACAACAUUAAAUCUGUACAUUGGAGCAGAGCUGAUCUGGGAGAUGAAUAUGUGCUUUUGUAUCAGGAUGGUCGCUUCUAUCCAGACAACCAGCAUCCAUCUUUUAAGAAGCGGGUGGAUCUGCAGGACAGACAGAUGAAGGAUGGAGACGUGUCUUUGAUUCUGAAGAAUGUGACGAUUAAUGACGCUGGAACAUACGAGUGCCGUGUUUUCAUGUCCGGAACAAAUCCCCAGAACAAUGACCCCAUCAGCAUCAUCUCCCUGAGUGUUGUUGUUCCUCCAGGUGAGUGAGUAGAGUUGAGUGUGUGUGUGAUCAGAGGUGAAGCUGCUUCCUGGUUGUUGAUGUUUGUUUCUAAAGAUGUUGUUGAUGAGACUUUGUAGAAAGCAGCUGGUCUGAGUGAUGUGAUCAGAGUGCAGUAGAUAAUGUCUGACAGCAGUUUGAAGAGGAAAUGGAUUCUGUUCUGUUCUUCACUCAUCACCUACCUGACA